AUGGAUUUCAUUCUGAAGAAGAUAUUUACAGCUGUGCUGUUGGCUGAGUGCUUUGUGGGAAUCAAGAUAAAUGUCUUUAUUGUGGCUGUCUUCUUGAAGAAAUGGAAGGAGCUGAAAUCUCUGGACACCUGUGACAAGAUCCUCACCUGUCUGGGGAUCUUCAGAAGCUUUCGCAUGCUCUUUAGUUUAAUAUAUUAUUUACUCAUAAUGUACUUUCCUUGGUUGAUUCAAUUACAUUCUUUUCUCUCAGCAACUUUAGUUAUAGGUAUGUUUUUGAGCCUCGCCAAUCUCUGGAUCACCACUGUCCUCUGUGUAUUUUACUGUGUAAAGAUUACAAACUUCAGCCAUAAAUUGUUCACCUUCCUGAAGCCCAGGAUCUCCAGACUAGUCCCUUGGUUAUUAAUGGCAUCUCUUCUGAUAUCUCUGAUUUUCAGUUUUCCAGCUGGUUGGUGCAUUGUUCAUGUAGAACUACAAAACACAACAGUUGGUGCCAUGAACAAUAUGACCACUCCUGAUGUUUUGAUACUAAAUGGUCACAAUCGAUUGAUAAUUUUCUUUGUGCCCUCCUUAUUCCCAUUCAUAAUAUGUUGUGUUGCAGUCAGUCUAUUAAUUAAAUCUCUUUGGAUGCACAGCAUACAGAUGAAAAGCAGUGGGACAAGCUUUGGAGGCUCACAUUUAGAGGUCCACUUCAACGUUGUAAAGAGUAUGGUCCUCUUCUUAUUCUGCCAUGUGGUGUUUUUUGUAAGUGCUUGUUUUACUGCAUCUGAAUCACAGCCUAGAGGCAGUCCUUGGAAAGUGUUGAGCAGCAUUGUGAUGAACGCUCCCACAUUUCUCCACUCAGCCUUUAUCAUAGCAAGCAACUCAAAACUAAAAGAGACAUGUCUAGAAAUGUGGCAUGGUCUUACAACAUGUGCAAAGACAUAA